UCAAACCAAGCACAAUUGGCUGCCAGCAAACAACAAAAUAAAACAAUUUUAUAAAAAUAUUCAACUACUUACAAAACAAGCGAGAGAUGUCCCUAACCAAGCAACUGCCUGUGAACUGCGCUGGCCACAAGGGCGAUGUGAUACAAUUGGCGUUUAGCAAUGUUUGCGAAUCGGGCUACUAUUUGGCCUCCGCCUCGCUGGAUGGCAAGACGAUGCUGCGUCAUGGCGACUCGGGCGAUUGGGUGGGCACAUUCAUAAAGGAAGGCGACGCCGUCUGGAGCGUGGACAUCAACAAGGAUGCAACCGUGUUGGUUACAGGCGGCGAGGAUUGCACGGCGCGCAUCUGGAGCGCCGUAAGUGGCGAGCAUCUGAAUAAAAUACAACUGGAAGCACCGGUGCGCGCUGUUACACUCUCGGCCAAGUCAAGCGAAAUGGCUGUGGGCUGCUUGGAUCGGCAGAAAGGACAUUGCGACGAUCAGCUGCUGCUGGUUUACUCGCUGGAGCGACUCGGCAUGACCAGCAUGUUCGAGCGACAAACGCAUGGAGUGCGCGAUGCCAUCUUCUGUCGAGAUGAUCGCGCGCUGCUCACUUCAUCGCAUGAUCGCUGCAUACGCCUGUGGGAUCGCAAUAGCAAUCAGCAAGUGCAUUCCAUCGAGAUGCCGCACCAUGCCAAGUCGCUGGAGAUGUGCGCCGAUGAGCGCACAGUUACCAUUGCCUAUGGCCGCAGCGUUGUCUUUAUCGAUGUGGAACGCUUUGAGGUGAUCAGUCAUCGCCGCAUGCCAGGACGUCUGGUGGGCGCUUCGCUGCAUCCGCUGAAGCAAACUUUUGUCUGCGCCGGCAUCAAUCAAAUGGUCUACAAGUGCGACUUUGCUACGGGCGAGGUGCUGGAGCAAUUCCAGGCACAUGACGAGCCAAUACGCUGCAUCAAGUACAGUCCCGACGGCGAGGUGUUUGCCACAGCAGCCAACAAGGGCGGGCUGCGCUUGUGGCAGCAAACUGUGGGCAAGAAGUACGCACUGUGGAAUACUGAACCCGAACAUUCAAACAACGAAACUCAAAUCUAAACGCAACUCGACUGAAACGUACACACACGUGUUUUGUUUUGUUUUGUUCUGUUUGCUUGCUGUGUUAGACUUCAAUUAAAAUACAAAAAAUACAUAAA